AUGAAUCCAGAACAAGCAAAUAAAUUAAAAAAAGUUUUAGAGGGGGAAGAUUUUAAUGAUAUUGAUGAAGAAGAUGUACCAAUGAGUCCAAAAUAUGAUAAUGAAUUAGAAAGGGUUCCAGAAGGUAUGUGCUGUGAAUGUAAAGAUCAACCAUCUACAAUUCAUUGUAUAACAUGUAAUGAUGAUUUUUGCGAUGUUUGUCCAUUUCAAAUUCAUAGAGGUGGAUCGCGUAGAUCACAUGAAUUCCGAGAUAUAAAGACAUUAAACCUUUUUAAAUACGACGAUUUAGAUAAAAGAAAUAGAAGAUUACCAUCUGAUAGUGAAAAUAUUGAACAACAAAUCCAAGAACCAACAAUCACCUCGACUACAUCUACCACAACAGAUUUCGAAUCAAAAACAACCAGCACAUUAAACAAUAGUAUGUAUAGAGGUAACAAUUUAUUCAAUAACGCUUUACCAGCUUUACAUACUAAUAUUCAAUCACAUGGCCUAUUUAAUAAUCAUAUAAACAAUAAUAAUAUUAACAAUAAUAAAAUUAAUCAUAAAGAUGAAGAGGAAGAAGAAGAAGAAGAAGAUGAUGAUGACAAACCAUUUAUUCAUAAAAAUGAAAAUUUACAUAACGGUGCUUCACAAUUAGAUAAAAGUUGGUUCUUAGAAAGAUCAAAAUAUAUUCCAAUUCGUCUAACUCUUCGUGAACGUUCAGAUCUCCGUUUAUUGGAAGCUGCUCUUCAUGUUUCAGAAUAUACCGAUAAGAUUGAUAUUAUCCAUACAGGUGGACAAAAAUCUAAGAGAAUUAAUGAACAAUUAAGAAAUAUCUGUGCAAUUUUAUCAGGUUUAUUAGUUGCUAGUGAUUUUAAAAAAGGUCAACAAUUAGUUGAAAAUAAAGAUUUUUAUGAAAACGAACCAUUUUUCCAAAAUGUAUUUGAAAUAGGUAGAAGACACAAAAUUAUGAAUCCAGCCAAAAUGAGAGCAGAGUAUGGUAAAAUGGUACAUUUACUUCAAGAUGCAUCAUUGGGCGAAAUUAAAAGAAAUUUAAAUGGCCUCAAUAUGAUCAAAAAAUUAAAAACUGUUUAUUCAUUUUUAGAAGAGAACGAUGGAUUAAAACUUUUAGAAGAUCCAAGAUUAAACAUUGCAACUCGUGAAGUUUUAGCUGAUGGUAAAACUCGUAAUCAAAUCCAACAGGAAAUUAAAAAUAAAGAAUCAGCAAUUAAAUAUCUUUCCAAAAGAUAUGCCUCAUCACAAUUAAGAUCCGAAGAUAUCGAAACCUGUAUUUAUUCAAUUUGUGAUAAUCACACUUUUCUCCGUGAAAAUCGUGACAGCGUUAAAAAAAUGAAGAGACUCUUAAAAGAAUACUUUGACAAAGAUAAAUUUGAAAAAGGUUAUAGUCUUACUUUAGAGCAUGGCCAAGGUGGUGCCCGUCUCUCUCAUAGUCAUCGUAAACAAUUCAAUUAUGUAUAUCAAUCAUUAAAACUUUGGGAGCUUAUUCUCCACGACAUGUUCAAACUUUGGUAUUUCGCUGAAAUGGAUUUACUCUCUGGUAAUGGCUAUCAUUUAUCAAACACUGGUCAAGGUCUUAAUCGUAUUCAGCAAUGUCCAAAUGUUGGUAGACUCAUGUCAAGUAUCCUCCGUGAAACUCAAAGAAAAGUAGGUGAUGAUUGGGUUGGUUCAUCUGUUAUUCAUUUAGGUGAUCACAAUGUACCAAACUCUUUAAUGUUCAUCGAUAAAUAUACUCAAAUCUCUCGUAUCUUAAAUCCAAUAGUUAUCACCAUCGAAUUUAUUCCAAAAAUUAAAGAUCCAAAUAUUCUCAAAUAUAUCGACAACUCAUUUGGUGGUCCAGAAAAUCUAACAAAAUUAAUUUUAUCCGAUUUCUUCAAGCAUGCUUUCGAUGGUAGUGGUGCCGAUAAUUUCUUUGAUGCUGGCUCUUGUAUAGAUGGUAGAUUAACCUCUGCUUGGAAUUGGUGCAGCAAAAUCGAAAAGAAAUCCUAUUAUCCAAUAUUUUUACUUGCUGGCUUUAUUGGUUUUGAUGGUGGUGCUUGGUAAUUUCAAUAAUGAAAUAUUAUGUUUUAUAAAAAAAAAAAAAAAAAUAACCAAUAAACGAUAAAAAAUAAUAAAAAAUAAUAUUAUUAAUAUAAAU